UAGCUACACUCUUCCAUAAGCACCAGCUACUAAAGAGUAUAGAGUACAGAGUAUAGAGUAUAAGCCUCUAAUCUUUUGUCACACCCUGCAUUGUAGCAGAUAUACACUAAUGUUCACUACAAUGCUGCCAUCAUCACCCCUUUCUUUCUUCUUCUUCUUCUUCCUUCUUGUACUCUCAUUCAUGAUAUGUGCUAGUGCUCAGGGUCCACCUUCACCUGGCUACUACCCUGGUUCCAAAAUUAGUCCUAUUAGCUUUGAUCAAGGGUUCAGAAGCCUAUGGGGACCUCAGCAUCAGAGGCUAGAACAAGGCACAUUAUCAAUAUGGCUAGAUUCUAACUCGGGGAGUGGAUUCAAGUCACUUCACUCUUAUCAAUCUGGAUACUUUAGUGCUGCAAUUAAACUUCAACCCGGUUAUACUGCAGGGAUCAUUACAACUCUCUAUCUUUCAAACAACCAAGAUCACCCCGGAAAUCACGACGAAAUCGACAUUGAGUUCCUAGGUACCACCCCUGAUAAGCCAUAUGUUCUGCAGACUAAUGUAUACAUAAGAGGAACUGGUGAUGGCAACAUUGUAGGGAGAGAGAUGAGGUUUCAUCUUUGGUUUGAUCCAACACAAGAUUUUCACAUCUAUGCUAUUCUAUGGAAACCAAGUGAGACAAUAUUUUUUGUGGAUGAUGUUCCCAUAAGGAGGUACCCUAGGAAAGGUGAUGCUACAUACCCAAAUAGACCAAUGUAUGUGUAUGGAUCAAUAUGGGAUGCAUCUUCAUGGGCAACAGAAGAUGGAAAAUACAAAGCAAAUUAUAAAUACCAACCCUUCAUUGGUAGGUACAAGAACUUCAAGCUCCAAGGUUGCACCAUUAAUGAAAGCCCUUCCUCAUGCAAGCCACCAUCUGCAUCACCAUCAGGGUAUGGAAGUCUUAGUCUUCAGCAAAUUUCAGCCAUGCAAUGGGUCCAAAACCACUACUUGGUCUAUUAUUAUUGCCAUGACCCUAAGAGAGAUCAUACUCUUACCCCAGAGUGCUAGGGUCACCUUCAAAUUACUGGCUUAAUUGUGUGCUUAUACUCACAAACUAGUACUUUAAGAAGGAAAACAAUGUUAAGUAAAAAUUCCAUAGUAACAGAUAUUAUGUUAAUUCACAUUUUAUCUAUUAUGGAAUUAAAUAAUUAAGUGUGAGUUAAUAUCUGUCAACUCAUAUAUCAUAUAUUAUUGAAUGAAAUAUAUAUUUUCAUUCAGUAAUAAAUAAGAUUUGAGUUAAUUAGCUAUUAUAUCAAUGCACAUAAUGCAAGUUUAAUAAUUUUUAUUAAGGGGGUGGUUUUUAGUUUGAGAUGGUCCAAGCUUGCUAAUGACAAGUAUAAUUGCAAGAUUAGUUGAACGUCCAAGCCCUCAAAUGAUUGGAAUGUUUGUAUUGUUAUUAUGUGAUGAAGUAGUAUUAUUCUCAUUGGGGACC